AUUUCGAGCCGUGAAAUAACUCUAGGACAAUGAAAUUUCAUAUAUCACCGAGAGCAUAUGCCAAGGUCCUCUUACAUACCUCGAAAUACCCACACAAGGCCGUGAAUGGAGUCCUGUUAGGAGACGAAACCCUUCAAGAUGGUGAAGUGUAUGUUUUAGAUGCCGUUCCUUUGUUUCAUAUUUGCCUUGGUUUGGCUCCGAUGUUAGAAGUUGCCUUAGCAAGGGUAAGAUAAACGUCCAUUUAAGGAUUCUUGUUAAUGUUUGGCGAGGUCCUCUGAUGCAGAAGUUAACUUUUAGGCAGUUCAACAGACUGAUACUUUUAAAAGCUUUAAAUUAAAGCUUAAGUAAAAGCUAGCUCCGUAAUUUAAUCUGAAAUCGACCUUGGACUGGUAAAAUAAGGAGACUCUCUUUAUAGUUCUAGAGAAGAGACAGAGCAGAGAGGUCAGGUUCACUUUGAAAUCACUCUUUUCCUCGAUUUUACCGGAUCCCGGGACACAACCCUGUCUGCUUUUCUUUCCACCAUAUGUACUAAGCACAUUUUUAUUUUCUGCUUGUGCUCACCCAGUGGAUUUUAGUAGAGGGUCUAGAUGAACGUAUUAACACCUAGCUCUUACGUGUUUGGCUCUGGUACGCUUAUUUCAGGCACUUGAAUGAUAACAUUUUUGGGAAUGAUUAUGCUGCUGUUUUAACACUUAACACCGUAAAAUGGGUAAAUGACUGUAAUUUUCAGGUUGUACAGCAGACCCACUCCUGCUCCCCAUACAACAACCUUAUAUAUAUGACCAGAUUGUCCAAACUUUUGACUAUGUAAAAUUGGGAUAUGUUUAUAACCAAGGUAUCAGGUGACUGCCGAAGGGGAGAGCACACUAUUGAUAGAUCUGGGGGCGUGCUCCCCCAGAAAAAUUUGAAAUCUUGAUCCUCUGAAAUAACAUUUCUAGUGUUUUGAGAGGAAAAUUUUUGACUAAAAUGUUCACUAAAUUGAUUGUCAUUUUUAUACUUGUUUUAUUAUUUGCAUUUGAAAAAAUAUCUUGCGCUCAAGUCCACUGCUCUAAUUCAUGGUAAACCAUUUGUUUCUUUUCUUAGGUUGAUAUCUACUGUAAAGAAAGUGGCUUACAGAUUGUUGGUUACUACCAAGCUAAUGAGCACAUUAAUGACAAUAGGUAUGGUAAAAGUAUUUUGUAUCUUUGCAUUACAGUGAAAUCGAGAUCUUUCAAACCUCUGAUACUGACUUUUUUCUCAACAUUUUGUUCAUUUUGAUGAUUAUAUUCUCAUUGUAUUCUUGAAAAAGAAAUGUUCAUCAUUGAUUUACGCUCGAGUGUUCAUUACUUCUACAGUCCCAAUGUAAUCUGUUACAAAAUUGCUGAGAAAAUAUGUGACCAGUUUAACAAUGCAUUCAUUCUAAUGGUAAGUCAGAUUUUUUUCAAUAUUUUCCAUAGUGUAAUGCUUUUAGGUUGCAAUAGUAGUUAUUAUACAUGUAAAAUAUAUCAUAGUUGUUGUUUGUUUGAAUGUUUGAUUAUGAUUGAUUUCGUAACCAAAGUAUAAACAAAAUAGUUAACUUUUUUAUGUCUUAUAAGAGAAGUUCUAGAAAGAAUUUGUUAUCUAUUUUAACAGGUUGAUAAUACUAAGCUGUCAGUACCAUGUGAAGAAAUAGCUUGUAAGGUAUUGAUAGUAUUGUUAGUUAAAGAAUCAUUGCUAUUUAAUUUGACUUGGGCACUCCCCCAUAUUGAUUUGUUGAUUAUUUCUUGUGUAUUGUACCCUAGCCUGCAAAUGCAAACGUAUCUCUGGUUGUCAUCUCUCUCCUACUUUUGGAUGGAGUGAAGUUAUGACCAUAAAUUGGUCUGAAUUCGCAGGCUAAUAAUUUGAACCCACACAUAAUGAACAACCUCUCUUACUAACUAACUCACAACAUUUUUUGUUGAUUACACUUUUACAACCAGCUUAAAACCCAGUUUAAGCAAUUGAAAGUAAGUAGAGUCUACUUACAUGUACAUGAUAGCAAACAUUUAAUUGUGAUGAUUUUUGUGACAUAUUAUUUUUGACAGUUACUUACGGUUUUGUUAGUGAUCAUGCUUAUUGCCAGAAGAGAGGAAUAAGCUCUACCUUUCAAUAGUUUCUUCUGUCUUUCAACCAAAAAUGGUUGAAUUAUUGUUCAACCAGUAAUUGAAAACCUAGAAAAAUGCUUGGUGUUGCACUGUUUGAUUCCAAUAAGCAACUGUUUUAAAUUUAAUUCUUCAUAAAUGGACUCAACUACAGCUGUAGCAUGCAGCUAUCAGAUAGAUAACAGUUACUGUAAAAUUAUUUUACAUGGUUUUGUCUUUCAUCUUUAGUGCUAUGUAGUCCAAGAUAAUAAGUGGAAACAGAGUGAUAAAGAUUUGUAAGUACCAGUUAAGAUGAAAACUACUUGUGUAAAUUAGAAAACAGGCUUCAGUUCAGUUCAUUGCACUAACUUCUUAACUAGAUUUUAAGCCUUUGUUCUUCACUUUGUUUUUUUUUUUAACAGAUUACUUGAUGGUGGAGAAGACACCCUUAGUCUUACAACAGAUCUUCUUGAUGGAAAAGCAUACCAGAGUCUCAUAGACUUUGACAACCAUCUUGAUGACAUAACACAAGAUUGGCUGAACAAAGACAUCAACAGACUAGUUGACCUAUCUCUUGCAACCUGAAUUUUAACUUGUCUGAAACAACGACUUAGCUUUUUUUUAGGUAUUUAAUAAUAUAUAUACUGUAAUCCUGAUAUGUAGGAACCAUAAUCUUUUGCAUACAUUUGUCUGAAAAUAAAUUGUCACUGAAUUGUCGCUCACUCACUUGUACCAAAUCUAUAAAGUUUUAAUCUUGGCUUU